ACUGUGUACCAAAGAAAUGGUGAUGGAGAAGCCAAGUCCGCUGCUUGUGGGACGGGAGUUUGUGAGGCAGUACUAUACCUUACUAAAUAAAGCACCAGAUUAUUUGCACAGGUUUUAUGGCAGGAAUUCUUCUUAUGUCCAUGGAGGGCUGGACUCCAGUGGCAAACUCCAGGAAGCAGUGUAUGGCCAGUCUGAUAUACAUAAGAAGGUGAUGUCCCUGCAAUUUAAUGAGUGCCGUACUAAGAUUCGUCAUGUGGACGCCCAUGCAACCUUGAAUGAUGGAGUAGUUGUGCAGGUCAUGGGGGAGUUAACAAACAACGGGCAGCCGAUGCGGAAAUUCAUGCAAACCUUUGUACUGGCUCCAGAAGGCUCUGUUCCAAAUAAGUUUUAUGUCCACAAUGACAUAUUCCGUUAUGAAGAUGAAGUAUUUGGUGAAUCUGAAGCUGAACUAGAUGAAGAAUCAGAAGAUGAAGUAGAAGAAGAGCACGAAGAAAGGCAGCCAUCCCCUGAGCCUGUGCAAGAGAAUGCGGCCAGUGCUUACUAUGAAAGUCACCCUGUAACGAAUGGAAUAGAAGAAAGCUUGGAAGAACCUUCUCAUGAGCCAGAACCAGAAUUAGAAUCCGAAUCAAAAACUGAAGAACUGAAAUCUGAAGUAGAAGAAAAGAACAUUGAAGAGCUAGAAGAAAAGUCUCCAUCCCCGCCUCCUGCAGAAACUGUUUCUCUACCACAAGAACCACCAAAGGCUUUCUCCUGGGCUUCAGUGACCAGUAAAAACCUGCCUCCUAGUGGUACUGUUUCUUCCUCUGGAAUUCCACCCCAUGUUAAAGCACCUGGCUCACAGCAAAGAGUGGAAACAAAGCCUGAAACCCAAUCCCAACCACUUCGCGUGCGUGAACAACGUCCGAGAGAGAGACCAGGUUUUCCUUCGAGGGGGCCCAGACCAGGCCGAGGGGACGUGGAUCAGAAUGAAUCAGAUAAUCGCCGAAUAAUUCGUUACCCAGAUAGUCACCAGCUGUUUGUUGGAAACCUCCCGCAUGACAUAGAUGAGAAUGAACUGAAAGAGUUCUUUAUGAGCUUUGGGAAUGUUGUAGAACUUCGCAUCAAUACUAAAGGUGUUGGAGGAAAACUCCCAAACUUUGGCUUUGUGGUGUUUGAUGAUUGUGAGCCAGUUCAGAAAAUCUUAUUGGCAAAACCAAUUAUGUUCCGUGGUGAAGUGCGCUUGAAUGUAGAAGAGAAAAAGACCCGAGCUGCUCGCGAGAGAGAAACGCGAGGCGGCGGCGAUGACCGCAGAGAGAUUCGCCGUAAUGACCGAGGGCCUGGGGGCCCCCGUGGAAUAGUGGGUGGAGGAAUGAUGCGAGACCGCGACGGGAGAGGGCCGCUUCCGAGGGGCAGCCUGGCCCAGAAGCUGGGCUCUGGAAGAGGAGCUGGGCAGAUGGAGGGCCGAUACACAGGUCAACGUCGCUGA